AUGGCUGGUGAAAUUCCUGGAGGGAGUAGUGUUCCUAAAGAAACUCCUGUUGACUUUGAUGAUCCUUUAUAUGUCCAUCCUUCUGAUAAUACUGUAACCUCUAUUAUAACAGUUAAACUGACUGGUAAUGAGAAUUAUCGGUUGUGGCGUAGUUCUAUGUCUAGAGGUCUUAAAGCUAGGAAUAAAUUGGGCUUUGUGGAUGGGUCGAUUUCUGAAACUAUAUAUGCUAGUCAUGUGUAUUCAGAUAAAGCUAAAGAUAUUUGGGAUGAAUUAUUUGAAACAUAUAACAAAGCUGAUGGAUCAGCAGCUACAAAACUUAAUGAUCAUUCUAAAUUGAUGAAGUUAAUGCAAUUUCUUAGUGGUCUUGCUGAUGUUUAUAAUCAAGUUAAGAGUCACAUUCUUUUGAUGGAGCCUUUACCCAAUGUUAAAUCUGCCUUCUUUAUUCUUUCUAGAGAAGAAUCUCUUCAAAAGAAUGGGUCUCUUGGGUCUACUGUUUCUUCAAAACCACAAGUCUCAAUGUUUAAUAGUAAAGUUAAUGAUUUUAAACGAGGGCAAAAUCAAGAUUUUAAAUUUAAAAACGAUAAUAAUAAUCAAAACAAAUCUGUUUCUGUGAAUUCUUCUUCUGUUAGUACUAACAAUAACAAGUCUGUUCCUUCUGAGUCUGGUCUUAGAAGUGAUGCUCAUUUUCUCACUGGUGAACAAUAUUCUAAGUUUCUGCGUCUCAUUAAUGAGAAUUCUGCUAGUGAUGAUGUGUAUGCUACUGCAAAUAUGGCAGGAGCCAAUCAACAUAUGAUAGCUUCUGAGUCACAACUUAGAGAUGCUGUAGAUGUGUCUAAACUUAAUCGGUCUGUUAAACAUCCUAAUGGUUCAUCAGCUUCUAUAAAUAAAAUAGGGAAUCUUCAAUUGUCCUCACAUCUUACUUUAUUUGAUGUCUUUGUUGUUCCUGAUUUCAAUGUUAAUCUUUUGUCUGUACAUAAACUUUGUAAAGAUAGUGGUUGUGAGGUUGUUUUUUCUGAACGUACUUGUAAAAUCCAGGAUUCACUAUCAAAGAAGAUGGUGGAGAAUGGUAGAGAGUCUAGGGGAUUAUACUAUCUUGAUUAUGUUCCCUCAGUACGUUCAGAUAAUGGUACUGAGUUUGUUAAUAAUCAAAUGAAGUUUUUUUAUUUUGAAAAAGGAGUACCUAUUAAGUAUUGGGGAGAUGCUGUUUUGACUUCUGUUUUUCUAAUAAAUAGAAUGCCUACCUCUGUUUUAAAUGGUCAAUCAUCUUAUGAACUUGUUUUUCAAAGAACUCCUAGUUUUGAUUAUUUAAGGGUUUUUGGUUGUCUAUGUUUUGCUGUUAAGCCAAAUGUUUCUGAUAAAUUGUUUGAACUUGCUGAAAAAUGUAUUUUUUUAGGAUAUUGUUCUGAUAAAAAGGCUUAUAAACUUCUUAGUUUGGAUACUAAUUCUUCUUUUAUAUCCAGGGAUGUGAAGUUCUAUGAAUAUGUUUUUCCAUACAAGUUGAAAUUAACUUAUGUUGAUAAGGUUUCAAAUAAUUUUGGCCCUAGUGAUCUCUUUUCCUAUGAUGAAUUUGAUAAUAAUAAAUAUAUAAAUGAUUAUAUUAAUCUUGAUGAGCUGAGAGUAGAGUCUCAGUUGGAUGGUCCUGAUGCAGCCAUUGGUAUGGAUGAUGUUGAUUUUAGUAAUUCAGUCAACCCUGGUGGCGAGGCAACUGUGCCUCCUACUGGUUCAUCUGUUCCUUCUUCUUCGAGUGUAUCUGAGGAAAAUAGUCAGUCUAUCUUAACCCCUUCUAUGGAUCAGUCUGUAGGUGUCUCUAGGUCUAGGCGUGAGUCUCAUAUGCCUGUUAAGUUUGCUGAUUAUAUUGUCGAAGCCUUUUUUGAUCCAAAUUGGAUUAAAGCUAUGAAUGAUGAAAUGGAAGCACUUCAUUGGAAUAAUACAUGGGAAAUAACUGAUUUACGAAAAAACAGAAAACCAAUUGGAUGUAAAUGGGUUUAUAAGAUUAAAUACAAGUCAAAUGGUGAAAUUGAGAGAUAUAAAGCUCGUUUAGUUGCUAAAGGUUAUAAUCAAAGAGAGGGGAUUGAUUUUGAGGAGACUUUCUCUCCUGUUGCAAAAAUUGUAACAAUUCGUAUUGUUACUUCUCUUUUUGUUCAUCAUUCUAGGCCUUUAUAUCAGUUGGAUGUUAACAAUGCUUUUUAUAUGGAGAUCUUACUGAAGAUGUUUAUAUGUCACUCCCACCUGGUUAUUAUUCUAGUAAUGAUACUAGAACAGAGUAUAAGUGAUUAUUCAUUGUUUAUUAGGAAAGUUGAAGGUUCAAUAACUGUGUUACUAGUAUAUGUUGAUGAUAUUAUUUUAACUGGAAAUAGUGAAGUAGAGUUAAAAAAGGUAAACUUAUCUAUCUUACAUUUACAAGGCCUAAUAUUUCUUAUGCAGUUCAGGUAUUUAAAAAAUAGUCCUGGAAAAGGAAUUGCUUUAACUAGGUCUAGUGUGUUAGAAUUAAAAGGUUUUGUGGAUGCAGAUUGGGCUAAGUGUUUAGCUACAAGAAGGUCUGUAUCUGGGUAUAUGAAUCCAAAAACUUAA